AUCUUCGCCGGGCAGAAUGUUUAGUCGGUGGCUGUCGGCGGAGCAGUGGACGACGAUACCUCGAGGUCGUUUGGUUUAAUUUUGGAAGAUUUUUUGGUUGAGAGUGACUCUCGGGACGAGUUUAGUGCGAGGAAGAUCCGCUUCGAAGGUCUUUACCAUACAUUUGGAACUUUCCGGGUUGGAGAAAGCAGCUUGUCUUAGGUGGCUGGAUUUCGAAGAAAUCGAAGAAUUAGUGAUUUCUGCAAAAGUCUCGGAUGAAGUACUAACGAGGAAGCCUUGAAGAAGAGAGUUGUUCUACUAGUGAUGCUCGACGGAAAUCCGACAAAGACGUGGUUGGAAAGUAAUUAUCGCAGCACGUGACGACGUUUCCGGGAUUUUUUUUUAAAGAAAGUACAAUACAAUUCAGUGCCGAGUGAGGAGUUCGUGAGCAAUUGACGAAUUUGGAGCACGUCGACGCAUCGAAAGUCUUGCUGUAGCGAGCUUGACUUUGUUCAAAUAAGCGUGUCGCCUGAGAAGAAGCAGCAACAAAGUAACGAUGGAUAAAUUAUUCAUGUUGGUCCUGGUGGCGCUUUUCUCAAUCGUGUGCGCCCUCAACAACGACAACAUCGACAUCCACGUGAACGUCGAUCCCGACUCGAAGGCCUACCACCAGUUCAAGACGCGCGAGGGUUCGUUCAACUAUGGCUACAACGUGGCCAAGAAGAUGUUCAACCAGUUCCAGCACAAGGUUCGCGGCCCGGACGACGUCACGUACGGCUGUUACGGGUUCGUGGAUCCGGAGAACGGCACCCAUUUGUACCACUACGUGUCGGACUUGAAGGGCUACCGGGUGGUGGCACCGAACAAGACGACCAAGAUCUACCGCCAGCGGGUUACCGAUAGUGUAAAGCAACUGCUCAACGCCGUCGAAGAGAGCAUUCCCUGGGAGCGACUGUACUUCCCGGAAGUUUGCCGCCAUCUGUACAUCAGUCAGAAGGAGUCUAACCAGUUCUCCAUCCCGGAAGGGUACGACGUAGAUGAUUACGGUUCGUUGGUGGCUUCGACGCCGAAACCCAAAUUGGUAACCCCGGCUCCACCGGCAUCGGUUACCAUUCCGCGAGUGGUUCCAGUUACGGUCAAGGCUCCAGCCCGACUCACUCCUCCGCCGCUAGCCACCAGCAGACCAACGGCACGUCGGACGGCCGCUCCACAAACUCCGGCACCUCCGAGAAAUAACAACAACAACAACUUCAACGUGCCAUCCGGGUCGGUGACGAUCUUCCAAGGAUCAACUCCUCUCAGGGUAUCUCCGACGACCCCCAGACCGACUCAACUGUCGCCGGUGUCGCCAGCCGCGCAGAGUCCGUCGUUCGUCCAGAUUGCUCCAUCCGCUCCGUUCGGUUCGCCAUCUCCAGUUUCUCAAGCGACGACUCCCAGAAGCACUCGAGUACCGCUGGGAACACCUGCGCCUAGAUUCCCGGUCAAUGACUACCCGUCGAAAAUUGUUCAGAAACCGAUCGAAAUCGUUCCAAAUCUGAAACCCGGUGUUGUGUCCCGAAGGCCUCAGGACAACAACAUUCUGAACCUGGCUACGACGCAGUCGGAAACCGUGUUGAUUCCCAACCUUGACAACCAGGUUGAUCUGGUCGCGAUCGGUCAGGACAUCCAGGAGGUCAAGGCCACCCUGAAGAAGCUCUUCCAGCACAUCCUGUCCCGAAACGCCGAUUGCAACGUCCCGGCUGCCGCAGCUCCCCCAACUCCAUCCUACGACCAGCGAGUGGUUCCUGGGGCAGGUCCGGCCACCGGUGGUUCCCAGGUGACGGCCUUUCUACCACUCAUCGUGACAGAUUUCUAUCCCGGAGCGGGCUCGCCAUCGUCCGCCGGAGCACCUCUUGACCUGCGGGUAGGUGGAGUCCCUAGUUCUCCAGCCGUUCCGGCUGCGGGUCAUCCGCUGGGAGCGUUGAAGCUGGCCCUUCCCGCUUACCCGGCGUCCGCGUACCAUGCACCGCCGCAGUGUCCCGUGUGUCGAAGUGAUAGUGGCAAAAAGUGAAGGAAAAAAAAUGUGAAAUAAAUUAUUAUUAAAUGUA